CGUUCAGCGCUGUGUGGCUGCAGAUUUGCGGGUCUGGAGGAUGAGGAGCGGCGGGGACGCUGCUGCCUCUUCUCCACCGAACAAACGCUCGGUUCCGCCGUCAGUCUGAGGGAAACAUCCGCAGCCAUGGCCUCGGACAACUGUCUGUUUGUGUGGUCUGAUCAGUGUGUCAUUGUGUGUCCCCUCUCCCUCUCCCUCCUCCUGCCAGUCACCCCAGAGGCCAUCGGCUUCCUGUCGGCGGUGGGCGUCUUCAUCGUGGCGUUGGCCGUCCUCUUCCUCUUCAUCAACAAGAAGCUGUGUUUCUCGCGUGUCGGCGGGCUGCCCUGUCUGGAGCAACAUGGCCGCCGGAAGAAAGGACGAGUGGGAGUCCGCCAGGGGCUCGUGAACAGCUACGGUGACGAUGAAGACGAUGUCAGCAGCUCCUCUGACAGUGAAGAAGAGGUCCUGAAGCAGUUCGAGAUCUCUGUGUCGCGCUCGCAGAGUUUCCGCACGGCGGCGUCCAACGGCAGCGAGCAGCAGACCCAGCAGACGCAGCUGGCUUUGGGUCGACGCCACAAAUUCACCCGACUGUCGGACCAGGAGGAGGGCAGCACGGAGCCGUCGGACUGCGAAGAAAUGGAGGCUCAGAACCGGCAGGGUUUCCAGGACCCGCUCUCUGCGGCCGUAGAAGAGAGCGAGAGGGCGUCUGCGCUGGACAAACCCGCCAGACUCGAGGCCUCGGGCGAUAGGCAGAGCCCCUCCCUCAGUAUGAACCGACAGGCAGCCGACGGCAGCGAGGACACGGCGGAGAAGACCCUGGAUCUCGACAAAAACGAUGCCACAGACAGCUCCUCCACCUGGAGCCCCGAGCAAGAGCAACCUCCCGACGAGGUCUCAUCUCAGCCGGUCAGCUCCUCCCCUCGACCUCCCAUCUCUAAAUGUGGAGACCUGGUCCUCUCCCUGGAGUACCACCCUGACACGGAGAAGCUGCUGGUCUCCGUGAUCGCGGCCCGGGACAUCCCCGACAAGGCCCGCAGCGGGAUGGACUCCUGGCAGGUGCACAUGGUCCUGCUUCCCUCCAAGAAGCAACGCCAGAAGACGUCGGUGCAGAAAGGUUCGCUGCCGCACUUCAACGAGACAUUUCGCUUCUCGCGCCUGGAUCCGUCGGAGCUGCACAUGUCGGCCGUCAGGUUCCGGCUGUACGCGCUCGGAGGCAGGAUGUCCCGUGAGCGAAUGAUGGGAGAGAAGGUGCUUCGUUUAGGCGGGCUCGACCCGGAUGGAGGGACGAUGGAGACGACGCUGGUUCUGGAGCCUCGCAGUAACCUCAAGAGUGUGGACUCCCAGCUGAGCCUGUCUGCUGUGUCUCAGAGCGACAGCGCCUCAUCCACUCAGUCUCUGACCCACGGCGGCGUCCCCGAGCUGCUGGUGGGUCUCUCCUACAACGCCACCACGGGACGCAUGUCUGUGGAGCUCAUCAAGGGCAGCCACUUCAGAAACCUGGCAAUCAACAGACCACCAGACACCUAUGGGCGGCUGACUCUGCUGAACUCGGUCGGUCAGGAGAUCUCGCGCUGUAAGACGUCGGUGCGCCGCGGCCAGCCCAACCCCGUCUACAAGGAGACCUUCGUCUUCCAGGUGGCGCUGUUCCAGCUGUCAGACGUCACGCUGCUGGUCUCCAUCUACAACCGCCGCAGCAUGAAGCGCAAAGAGAUGGUGGGCUGGAUCGCUCUGGGCCAGAACAGCAGCGGCGAAGAGGAGCAGCUGCACUGGCAGGACAUGAAGGAGAGUCGAGGACAGCAGGUCUGCCGCUGGCACGUACUGCUGGAGGCGUAACGGCCACCCAGAUUAAGGAUUUUUUUUUAUUUUAUUGAGGAAUGGAAAGAUUGGAUGUGCGGACAGGAGGAUGCAUGUGGUUUUGAGAGGCGAUGGAUUCUCAGAGCGGUGGACAAACAUUGAACCUGGCUGGUUAUUUAAUGUCAACACGAAGGAACAAAUUCAUCUGCUUUUGGAGGCUGACACAAGUUUAAAAUCCGGUAUUUUUGUUGAUGAAUAAGGGAGUGAAUGAAUGAAAGAAGAACGCCUUCAGCAAGGUUACAGAAACUCACUGGAUUCACUCAAGUGGCAGAUGAAGAUAGAAUAUAUCUUUGUGAUGUAAAAGCUUUAUAAAAUUGUGGAAUUUCACUUUUCCUUCUCUAUACAAAGCCUUCACUGUCCGCGGCCUCCAAAAGGAGCUGAACAUUUGUCCUUCACUUAUAGCUCUCAUCGGUGAAACAGCUCUGCUGUGAGGCGAGGGAGCUGCAGUUUAGUUUUUCUAGUGAAAUGCUGUGUUAGAAAGUACACACAAAGUAGAGGUGUGUGUGUGUGUGUGUGUGUGUGUGUGUGUGUGUGUGUGUGUGUGUGUGCGUGUGUGACUUGUUAUUUCUAAAUCUUGCUGUUCUUUUACUGCUACAGCUGUGAACUAACGCAGACAGGAAACAGAAAGAUGCAACAGCCUGAAAAUUUAACAUCAGAGACACAGCAGGGUCGACAUCUUGAGAUGUUUGUUCCAGUUUGGGUGUGUAGGAAUAGUGGAUUUUAUACGAUGAUGUUGGUAACUUACAUAAGUAAAUGAAUCAGAUAGGACAGCGUCUGGAUCCGGGUCCAGACUGCUGUCAGCCAAUCGGUCAGUCCCUCCUGGAAGUUGCAGUUUAGACCAAUCAGCAGGAUAUUUACGCAGUCCCCGCCAAGUAGAAAUGUUGACACGUAUGUACUACUAGUGAUUUUACUCUUACUGGAACAAGCUGCCUUUGAUUUUUUAAUGAAAUACAUGAAAACAAACUUUCUUCAUGCCUAAAAACAUCAUGGAUCACAAUCUUUUUUAAAAGCUGCUGUAAAAUCAAACAUUUUAGGUCCCAACAACCCCCCCAAAAAAGUCUGUGAAGUCCAGGAGAGACGGGUUAGUGACCUUCAUGCGAGUGCAGUGGUUCCCAACCUGCUAGAGGUCACCAAACCUUCACUGAAGGUCAUAAGGCCUUCUUGAUUUCAUUGUGUGUAAGAAAACUGUUUUCUAAUCUAACAAUGGCCAAGAGCUAGAGACAAGAAAACACUGAAUUGGUCAAAAAGGAAGCCUUUUAAGUCGGUAUGACUUAUAAAAUACAUAAUACAGACAGAUAAUUGUGUAAAAACAGGAAAUAAUCUGCUCCAAAUCCAUCCAAAUCUCUCGUUUUACACAAACUUCCUGCAGUUUCUGAGUUCACUGUUUGUAUUAAUUGUACAGUUUUUAAUAUAAUAUGAAAUAUCCAUAAAAUAUAUACACUUAAUCAGUUUAUUAAAUUAUAGAUAAAAAAGGGUCCCUGAAGGAAAAAGGUUGGGAACUGCUGCAGUCGGGGACGGAGAGAGAGAGAGAGAGAGAGAGAGAGAGAGAGAGAGAUGUGCCCAUAAAAUGCUGAGUACAGAAACAAACAUGAGAGCAGAAGUGAAGAUAUUCUCUGAUUCAAGUGGAGGAGGAAGGCGUCUCAUUCAUAUUCAGCACUCAUUCAUAUUCCGACACAUGUGCUACUACAGGCAGGAAGUCUCCAGCAGCUGGAGACUCUCAACCCCCUCCCCCACCGCCACCACCCUCCUCCUCCACCCUCGUCCACACUGAAUGAUGUUAUUUGGCCUCGGCUCGAGCUCCUUCACAGGGCAAAGAAGCUCAUUUCAACACCCAUCAUCUCUGAGCUGAAAAGAGGCUUUAAAUAUCUCACUGCAGCUGUUAAUAACAUGCACUGAAUUACCCUGGAAGUGUGUUUUUUCCCCCUCCACGCUCUCUCUCUCGGUGGUAAUUGGUAGUUAGAGCCGUAGAAUCAGUACAGUGUGAUGACGGUAAUGCCGCUGCUAAUGCUCAUCCUCUUCCAGUCUGAGCAUCAUCGAGUCAUAAGGCAGCAGUUCGGCCCGCAGGGGGGAUUAUUAUUUGUUUGUGUAGACAGAUACUGUAGCUCCGAAACCCCCCUCAGGGGUUCACACGGCGAGAGCACAGAAGUGUUUAUUUGUUUUAUUUGCUUGUUUUUCGGGGCAGGUGACAAUAAAAAGCCUCUUUAAAAAAUGUCGAAGUGCAGCUCGGAAACUGUGGAAAAACUGCGAGAAAAUGAAAGAUUUAAUGGGUGUAAAGGGGGAAAAGGUAGGAAGUCAAGCAUAACAAAUUAACUGAGGGCUUGUGAGUUAAAGGGUCAGUUCAACCAAAUCACAACAAGAAUCCAGAGGUUUAUUUGGUGCCUCCGUCCCAAUACAAUGGACACAAAUACAAUUCUAGCACAGACGAACGUUAUAUAUAUAAAUAUCUAUAUGAAGAUGUUGGCACAAGAACUUGUUUUUCCAGAAAUUAAUCUUGUGUUUUGCAUAAUCCUCAGACUUUAACUCUUUUCUAGCAAAUAUUUGUAUUUAACCAAGUUAAGACCCGUUGAGAUCAGCGAUAUCUGGCAGCAUAAAAGCUUCCAGACUACACCGAUAACCACAAGAGAAACAUUCAACAUUUACAUUAACGUGUCAAAUAUAAGUAAAAUAAAAUAAGUGAUUCGGGGGAAGCUUCCAGCGGAGACGGCUGAAAAGUUAAGUCAAAGUUAUUUCCAAGGGCACAAUUACUGGAUGGAUUUUGUGUCUGUUAAACGCAGGAAACAAGCUGUAAACGCUGUGUGUCUCAUGUUUAAACUGCUGAUAUUUAAUGGAGACUACUUCAGGUAUAAAUGAAGCCUCGUGAAGAAUAGGAGUGCUGCAACUGUGCAACAAAUGAGUAUCUAACCGCUGUACUUUACCGAAGAUAAAACAAAUUAACCCUCCAUUAAGCCCCUCUCCCCUUAGUUACUGUUGCUACGCCUAUCAAGCUUUCUGUCCUAACAUAAAGUUUAAAAUGUUAGCAGCAGAUUUACUUAGUUGAAUAAGCAAUUAAAACUUCCCCAAACAAAAUAAAGAGCAGUUCAGAGUCGCUAAAGUUAGCCUAAACUGGGAUUUAGGCUUGUAGCAUCCAGAACUGGCUCCAAAACCUACAAAAUGAAAUAUUUAGGUCCUGAUAUGUUGUUUAAAGUAUUGCUGGGUUACUACUGUAGGUAGUAAGCUGACGUUAGCAGCUAGCAUUAGAGCAAACAAACUCAGUGUUUAUUUAAUUCCUUUACUGUUCUUUCUCAUGUUGUUGGUUUAAAAAUGUAUAACAGCAACUUCCAAACCCUUGGGGGGGAAGAGUUUAGCAAACAGUCAAUUUCUUAUUUGUAAUUCUAGCUAGCUAGCUGGUGCUUCCAGAAAAGGUUUUCUUUGACUUUGCCAAUUUAGGUUUCAAAUUAAGUCAACAAACUUCGCCUGCAAAGCAGUUCUGUGAAGAUUGUAAGUGUUUGGGGACAUUAACAGACACUUUAACAGAGCCUUUAAAAUGAUUGCAUCAAUAAAAUGUUGUUAUUACUUCACAGUGAGAUAACAAACACAUCCCCGGACAGAAAAAAAACAUCUUAUUGUACAAGAAAACUGUACUAAAACACUUUUUUUACAGCCUAUUUGUUGGUGUAAUUUGUCAAUAAGUCAUCUAAAUGCUGGUAUUGAUCUUCCAGCUAUUGUUAAAAUACAUUUUAAUUUGGCAGAUGAGUCACACUGACUGUCACAAGAUAUCAGCACUCCUAUUCCACAGGCUUCAUCCACGUGAGUGUGAAUAGUGACAUGAACUAUAUUUACUGCACAGACUGAUAUAUUUUAUGCAUGUUGAGUUGUUGUACAGAAUCUAUAAUAUCUAUUCUAUAUUUUUUAAAAUAGUCGAUGUUUAAUGUUCUUAAGUAUUUCCCAAGAUUUCUAUGGUAUUCACACGUCUGCAUGCUCAGUUCUAGAUCCCAGGUUGUAUUACGGAUGUGAGACAAUCAGAUUGUGCUGCAGAUGUGAUACAGUUGUGAUACUCUGAUGAAGUGCCUGUAACAUUUCGAGAUGAAACAUAUCCGCGGUGACAAAGAGAUUAUCCAAAUUUGCAUGAAGCCUUUUUUCGUCGUUCCCUGUGAAUGCUGCUGUAGGACUGUAUGCAUGGACGGUGACUGCAGGGCGGGCGUCCUGAUGUCGGGGCCAGGACCGGGGCUGAAGUCGGACCAGAUUCAGUAAAGUCUACACGGGGAUCGAUAACCAAGAUCACCUCAAAAUACAAAUAUAGACCAAAAUACGACUCAACUCACCGCAAAAACAUCUGAGUAGUAAUUGAUCUUCUUAUCUAAAUCCUUAACAAGAGAACGAAUAAGUAAUUCCCAAAAAUGUUAGUGUCAGAGUUUAUUUUUGACAUAAAUUGAACCAUAUUCAAGAUCAGAAACGGAAAAUUAAAGAUAAAUGGUUAUAAUAUUAGUCCAAAAACAAGACUUUUUUAAAUUCUAAAAUAUACUUUAUUAUUUAUUGUCAUUUUUAUAUGUUUUAAAUACAUUUUUACUAAGCCCCGCCCCUUUUUGGUCAACUUUCUCCGCCAUGUGCUAAGAUAGUCUUUGCUGAAAAGAAACACAUUUUUAAGAUGGUUGAAAGAUCAAAAUUAAAUAUAUAGUCGCAUCUUAAGUUAGAAAACCUACUAAACGUACUAAAGCUACAGGUUAGCUAACAUUAGCUAUCAUUGUUAUUUGGGUGCAAACCAAAAAGGGGCGGGACUUAAGAAGGGUCAAUAAAACACAAAAACUACAACACAGCUCUUCAUUUUCUGAAAAGAUCUUCACUGACAAAGUGGAACCCGUAGCUACAGUAGACAACACUGAGUCUUGUCUGACAGAGACGCCACAGUCCUGUAGAGACUGUAGACCUGCAGUCCCUUUAGAGACUGUAGAGACUGUAGACCUGCAGUCCCUUUAGAGACUGUAGAGACUGUAGACCUGCAGUCCCUUUAGAGACUGUAGAGACUGUAGACCUGCAGUCCCUGUAGAGACUGUAGUCCUGCAGCCCUGUAGAGACUGUAGAGACUGUAGACCUGCAGUCCCUGUAGAGACUGUAGAGACUGUAGACCUGCAGCCCUGUAGAGACUGUAGUCCUGCAGUCCUGUAGAGACUGUAGAGGCUGUAGACCUGCAGCCCUGUAGAGACUGUAGUCCUGUAGAGACUGUAGACCUGCAGUCCUGUAGAGACUGUAGUCCUGCAGCCCUGUAGAGACUGUAGUCCUGCAGUCCUGUAGAGACUGUAGUCCCGCAGUCCUGUAGGGGCUGUAGUCCCGCAGUCCUGUAGAGACUGUAGACCUGCAGCCCCGUAGAGACUGUAGUCCUGCAGCCUGUAGAGACUGUAGACCUGCAGCCCUGUAGAGACUGUAGUCCUGCAGCCUUGUACAGACUGUAGACCUGCAGCCCUGUAGAGGCUGCAGUCCCGUAGAGGCUGUAGUCCCACAGUCCCGUAGACGCUGUAGACCUGCAUCCCCAUAGAGACUGUAGUCCUGCAGUCCUGUAGAGACUGUAGACCUGCAGCCCCGUAGAGACUGUAGACCUGCAGCCCCAUAGAGACUGUAGUCCUGCAGUCCUGUAGAGGCUGCAGUCCCAUAGAGACUGUAGUCCUGCAGUCCUGGUCCGGGCCUGCGCAUGCUGAGCCCCUGCGGCACCCAGAAAGCACUUUUUGUACCAAGUUUUGUGGUUGCCAAUAAAACCCAGAAGAUCCCUGCUGUGGGAACGUC